AUAGCACCACCUUUUCUACUUUUCGAAUUAAAAAACCUUAAUUAAAAUUGAGAGAAAAUUUCUUAAUUCAGAAGACUGGUUGGUACGUUGUUCUCACGUCACGGUGUUUCUUCUUCUUCCAUCGACAACCUAAACCACAAUUACAUUCAAUUCGACGAUUACUUCUUAAUUUCAUAUUCAUCCCAAUUCUUAGGGUUUAUCAUAUUUUAUAUGCUAUUCAAUUAAUUUUAUUUAAUUAAAUGUCCGGCGCCGGCGACGUAGAUGCCGAUUCGGUGCUCAGCGACGUCGAGGACGACGGCGCCGACCCAAUUCCGAUCACAUCAAAUUCACCUCCACCGGAUGAAGUCUCCGUCGAAAAACUCCGCGAGAUUCUCGCCGAGCUUGAUCAGGAAAAGCAAGCACGCAUCGCCGCCGAGAAAGCCAAAACGGAGUUACAGACUUCAUUCAACCGAUUGAAGGUGCUUGCUCAAGAAGCCAUACGGAAGCGCGAUGAAUUCGGCCGGUUGCGUGAUGAUGCUGUUAGGGAGAAGGAAGAGUCGACGAAGCUUCUAGAAGAAACGGUGAGGCAACUAGAGGAAUCAGCGAAGGAGCGGCAAGGAUUACGAUCGGAGAUUGAGAAAUCGAGUCAUAUGAUGGUUACUGGAAUUGAGAAGAUUUCUGGUAAGGUGAAUGGUUUUGGUGGCAGUGGAAGCGCGUUGCCACGGUCGCAGAAAUAUACCGGUAUGGCUGCGGUGACAUAUGGUGUUAUAAAGAGAGCGAAUGAGAUUGUUGAAGAGUUGUUGAAACAGAAUGAUGCGAGUGUUAAGGCUAGGGAUCAAGCUAGGGAACAGAUUGAACAGAGGAAUUAUGAGAUUGCUAUUGAGGUUUCGCAGUUGGAAGCAACUAUUAGUGAUUUGAGAGAUGAGGUUGCGAAGAAAACCGCAGCCGUUGAGGGUUUGGAGAAGGAUUUGGUUGUUAAGGAUGAGAAGUUGAAUGAGGUUUCUGAGAGUUUAAGGAAGGAAGAGAGUGCGGGUUUGCAGUUGAAGGAGUUUGUUAAUAAUUUGGAAUCAAAGAUGGAAUCGUUGAGGCCUUUGUUGAUUGAUCAGUUGAAUUUCGUGUCUAAGAUUCACAACCAGAUUUGUAGUGUUUAUAAGAUUGUUGAUGAUGCGGGUUAUUCGGAGCUUUCUGAGUCGUUGUUUGUGGCGCAAGAAACGGAUAUUGAUGAGAAUGUACGCGCCUCUUUGGCUGGGAUGGAAUCUAUACAUGAGUUGACUAGGAUUGUUGUUCAAAAAGUUAGGGAUGUGGUUGAGGAGAAAAAUCGUGAGAUCCAGAGUUUAGACGAGACUGUGAAUAGGUUAGUAAAGGAAAAGGAUCAAAUUGGUUCUUUGCUUAGAAGUGCUUUGUCAAAGAGGAUGGCAUCCAAUCCGUCUUCAAAUGAGUUGUUUUUAGCGGCAGAAAAUGGGUUGAGGGAGGUUGGUAUAGAUUUCAAAUUUAGCAAGAUUCUUGGAGAUGGAAAGCUUGCAGCUUCAAAUGACAAGCCAAACAAAACGGAAAAAGAAGAAGAGGAUGAAAUAUACACUUUGGCUGGUGCUCUGGAGGAUGUUGUUAAGGCAUCUCAGCUUGAGAUCAUUGAGCUGCAGCACACUGUGAAUGAAUUAAGGGCAGAGUUGAGUUCACUUAAGCAGCACAUAGAAGCCCAGGCCAAAGAACUCGACCACAGAAUGCACCGGGUGGAGGAACUUGAAGAGAAGGAAAGAGUGGCAAAUGAAAAUAUUGAGGGGCUAAUGAUGGACAUUGCGGCUGCUGAAGAAGAAAUUAACAGAUGGAAAUUAGCAGCAGAGCAAGAAGCUGCUGCAGGCACAGGUGUUGAACAGCAAUUUGUGGCACAGUUGUCAACGCUCAAGCAGGAACUUGAAGAGGCAAAGCAAUCGAUGUUGGAAUCUGACAAGAAAUUAAAAUUCAAAGAAGAGACAGCAGCUGCUGCCAUGGCAGCCAGAGAUGCAGCAGAGAAAUCUCUCAAGUUAGCAGACUUGAGGUCUUCUAGACUAAGGGACAGAGUGGAAGAGCUCACUCAUCAGCUCGAAGAGUUUGAGAACAGAGAAGACUUGAGAGGCCGAAAUAGGCCUAGAUAUGUAUGCUGGCCAUGGCAGUGGCUCGGCAUGGACUUUGUUGGAAUUCAGCAGCGGACUGAUACGCAACAGCAAACGGCUUCUAACGAAAUGGAGCUUUCCGAACCUCUCUUAUAAUUGGGAAUUUUUUUUUUAUACAUAUCUUCUCUCCCCUUGUGUAUUUAUGUUUGAUUUCUUCAAUUUUAUGUCACAGAAUGGUAGUUAACAGUAACAGCCUGUUCUUAAUGUAGUAAAGCCGGUGUUGGUCGAUCAUUGUCAUGUUGCAGCAGCAUUUGGCUUCAGUAAGUUGCUAUUGCAACCUGAUUAUUUUGUACAUUCCUUUCAUGCCUUCAUGGAAGCAUUCCACAUAUACUGUCGUUACAUUACUGUAACAGAAAAGUCCAUACAUGGUUGUGUUUUCAAUGGAAGUCUUUUUGUCUAGGGGACGAUAAAACUGCAAUUUCACCGUU